AUGGCUUCCGGCUGGGCAACAGGCCGCGACUCAGUGUCGGCAGUCGACCCGACAUAUGGACAGCGCAGUGUCUUUGGAAUCGCAGGCCAGGCGACGGCGAUCGCAGAUGAGGAUCUCGACGUCGAAGACGAGCAGGAAGCUCUGGACUAUUUGCGUCUCGUACGAGCGGAAGCUGGCAAGAUUCCCCACGUGAUGAUCGCGCCCCGACAUGGACCACAGGCCUUCCCACGACACGUGACGGACUCGAUGGUGGAGGGGAGUGGCGUAUCGAAGCAGAAGCGGCGGCGACGACGCCGUCACUGGGACGAGCAGGACGACGGCCAGAGCGCGGCCAAGAGGCCGUGCCUGUCAGGCCAGAAAGGCGCACCGGCAGAGCUGUCGUACGACGACGAAAGUGAAAUGGCAGUCGUGGCAGCAGCGGCCGAGGACAAGGGAGGAGAGGCCGAGGAAGGCGAGGAGGCAGAAGCAGAAGCAGAAGCAGAAGCAGAAGCGGAAGACGGCGAAGAAGGCCAAUGCCACGAAAACGAAAACGAAACCGAGGGGAGCCGACGCCAGCACUACUACGACCACUGUCUCUACGAAAACGGCGUGGGAGACAGCCGCGGCUACUACCAGAACGGGGCCUACACGGCGGCGCCCGAGCCGGCAGCGUUGGGCGGUCAAGGUCACGGGAGAGAGGCUUUCGGGCAGCUGGACGGAUCUGUCGGAGGGGGCGUCGACGCGGAGACGGCACGCUUCAGCGCGGUCUUCCGCGAGCAGCUGCUCCGGCGGUUCGGUGAGCUGCGCACGCUGUUGCAGCAGGUGCCGCCGGCCGAGGCAGUGGCGACGCUGCCGGCCGGCCACGACACAGCGGUGGCGCCGCUCAGCACACGAUCGGGCGCGUAUGCGCGCUGGCUGCUGCUGCUGCAGACGACAGACCCGCUGCCUGCCCAGAUGGCGGCCAUGGACCGGGUCAGCGCAUUCCGGCUGCUGCGCGUGCUGCUGCGCGGCCUGCUGGUCGGCGGGUCAGGGUCGUCGCGGUCGUCGCGGUCGGGCCGGUUUGCCCGCUGGCUGGCCGGCAGCAACAACAGCAAGCCGGGACGUGGCCGGCACGACCAGAAGGAUGGGCAGCCGGCCGGGCUCGACAUGGAUGACCGCACGAGCCGGUGGCUGUGGGCGGUGCUGGCACGGCUGCCCGAUCGGGGCGAGCUCGGGUACGUGGAGGUGGGCUACAUCCGGGACGUGGCGAAGCAGGCGGUGAUGCGGCUGGCACAUCUGAGCUACGACGUGGAAGAGGGCGAGGUGGAGGACGGAGGGGGGGAGGACAGAGAGAGUGAGGUGAAAGAAGACGAGGACGAGGCAGAGGAUAUUGCCAUGGACGUGGAGUCAGAACCUGAAGCAGGAACAGAGGUGGAGACUGCAAAAGGCGAACCAACCAAACCAGUCACCCUCGAAGACCUGGACAACGCUGUCGAUGUCGACAUGUACCAGAGGGCAACACUGGAGAUGGUGCUGGCAGUGGCAGGCGAGUUCUAUGGGCAGAGAGACCUGCUAGCCUUUCGCACCGUCUGCAACCGGUCCAGGCCCCAAGACAAGCAAAGCCUAAGCCAACCGCUCCCGGACGAGCGAAGCACACCGAGCAGACAGGCUGCGACCAUGCCGACGCACCGCACCAAGCGACCCUUUGCGGGCGCAGCCAGCGAUCCGGCGCAGCGCCACAUUACCAGUUUUUUUGUCUGCGACGACGAAGCGACGGCCGUGCGUGCGGCCACGCACAGCAGCCACGACGACGGCAGCCGGUCUGCGGCGUCGGUCGCGUCUCUGCCGCCGUCCGUGCAGGCCGACCUUUUGGCCGUCGGCAUGCGCGUGCGCAAGUCCGUGCCCGAGGGCUACAAGACGGGCAAGGAACUAUGGCCAGCAGCGAGACACGGACCCGGACACGGACACGGACCCGGACACGGACAUGCGGGCGGGUUGUCGGCUGCUGCACAGCGCGAGCUGCUUCCGUUCUGCGGCAUCCACCGGGUCGGCGGGCUGGGCGUGCAGUCGUUGUCGACGGCCGACGAGGGCGACGAGCUGUCCGGCCACCGCGACGUCGAUCCGGUCGAUCCGGUCGAGCCGCCCAGCCUGACCAGCAGCCAGGAGACGGUGUCGUCGGACGACGGCAUGGACCUGUGCCCGCCACCGGCCACGCGCAAGCGUCUGUACGGCAGCCCGUCGGACGACGACGAUGACGACGACGACGUCAACGAAGACCGCCCGGCGGCCUGGAGCACCACCGGCUCCAUUCCACAGAACCGACGCCUGCUGGCCGUGCCGCGAAGACGACUGCCCCAGACCCAGACCCUGCUCUGCUUCUCCAAAGCAGGUCGAGCCGACGUCCGGAUCGUCGGCCAGGAAAACGUCAACGGCGCCGACGACUUUGACGAGGCCCCCUUCCUCGACGCCAGCACCUGGGCUGGCCAACCAGACAUGGACUUGGACGGCGUCUGA